AUGAAAGGCAUCCUCAUUGCUGGUGUCUUUGCGGCGUUUGCCAUCACAGUUAUAGACUCCCUGAAAUGUACACAGUGUUCCUCAAUCUCUGAGGGCACUGGGAGCUGCCCUAGUGAACCCCAAAACUGUCCCGACAGCGAUCCAGUGACUGAGUGGAUAAGUUGUGUGGAGUCCUCGGUCAACUCCACUCUAGGAGGGUCCCCGUACUCGUACGAGAACAAGUUCUGCUCAAAAGAUAAGUGCAGCACCGUCAACAACAAUACUGAAGUGUCCUUCACAGUGCGUGUGUCUGAUAAUCAACAAUUCAGUUUUGCAAGCCAGUGCUGUGAAGGAGAUGCAUGCCCUAACAACAACAACAACAACGAAGGCCCUGAAGAAGAAGGUGGUGAUGGUAAUACUCGCGCCAACACCCAAAUCCAGUGCCCUUCAUGCUAUAGCUCCAGCACAACAACAGACUGCAAGGAGGAAAUCCGGCAGUGUUCCCAAGGAGAGCGAUGUGUCCACAUCAUUGCUGACCAUGUAGAUGGUACUGUACAUAACAAAGUGGAGCUGAAAGGGUGUUCUAAUAUUGAUGAAGCUACUUGCGACAUCCUGACUCCUGGGAACGUAACAGUUGGAGAAUUCGCUUUCCAGAUGGUUAGCUGCACAAAUGAGAUUACAACCACGACCCCAACCACAGUCACCACGACCCCUAGUACCAGCACAAGCAUCAAAGCUUCCUUCAUCUCCUCUGUCUUCGGCAGCCUCCUUCUUCUGAAGCUGCUAUUCUGA